GAAGAGACGUGAGAGCGUGCAUUUCAGAGAAAAAGAGAGAAAGUUAACUGUAUAAAUGUCCAAGUUGUUGUUGAUUUGUUGCAUUGCGGUUUGCUGCAGUGCAUCCCUGGUGGCCGGAGGCAGAAGGAAUCUCUGGUGGUAUCACAUGUCCACGAGGCCACAAGUGCAAGUCUCCUAUUCUCCCGAAUUAGUGCAAGAUUUGCAUGAAUUUAUCGAUCUGAUACCGACUGCCGUUAUCGAUGAGGUGAUCGCCGAGCAUUUGAUUGUUGAUUCGGGAUUUCGCAAAGCGAUCAAAUUUCUACGCAGUUCGGAUUUUAAGCAAUUGCUGCAACGCAUUCAAAUGUUGCCCGAGGUCAUUGAGGUUAUCAACUAUCUGCAUCUCAAUGAAACGGCCGUGAGUACAACCUUAAGGGUUGAUAAACGCUUCGGCACUCCAUGGACUCUACAGAAUUCGAUCCAGCAUGAAUACGGCUAUUUUCUAACCGAUCCCAGUUCUAGCAACAGUUUACAAGAUGGCGUGGUUAUUGUUUUUCUACCCGAUUCUCAGCACAAUAAUAAAGUCGACUACAAUUUGGGCAGCUUUAUUAGCUUUGUCCAGGAACUGUUGACGCAUCUCCCGAGGGAUCGUUUCGUUAACCUGAUCAAUGAGAAACUGAAAAGCGGAAAAGUAUUUCCCAAGUUCUACGAAGCACUCCGAAGUGAUGAGUUCAAGCCGCUUAUAGAGAAAACUAUGAAAUCUCAGAAUGUGAUCAACAUUUUAAGCACGCUGGCCAGCCAUCAAAUUGAUGCUAAUGCACUGAAAGGAAUCGCAUUUGAAGUCAUCUCUUGGGGUCCACCUGUGUAAAUUAGAAAUAAAAAAAUAUAAAUAAAUAUUAACAAAUAAAAUAUACAAAAUGAAAUGUGCUGGACCGUA